AUGGGCGGCUCCGGGUCGCCAUGGCGCCAACGCCCGGGGCCAAAGGGGCACAGCGGCGGAUCCAGCCGAUCGCUUGGGACACUACCUGACACCGGUAAAGCCAAAACUGGCAUAAUUCCUCCUUUGGCAAUUAAAGAAGUCUUACAGAAGACCUCGAGGCCAGAUCCAGAUUAUAUAAUGAACAUACCCGGCUCAACUCACCGUAGAUCUGCACCAUUCUGGUGCGAGAAUGUGUUAAGAUAUUUUAUUGUUUCGAUAGGAGACACAUUUCAUCAAGACUCUAUGGAAUUUUCAGGCAUUCAGAUUUGGUGGGUCAUUGAGGAUCCACCUUUGUGGAGAUCAGGCGCCGCUCCGUGUUCUUUUUUUAUUAUCGCGCUUUUGCUACCGUCCCACUGGGCGUUACCAUUUUAUAUGACUUUAUUACCUACAUGCAGAGAGACAACAAUAUCCAGAGGAAAAUCUGGGAGUGUCCACAUAGCCCUAGCGCCGGCGCGUGGCCUAGACUCAAGGUGUAUGAUUUCAUCUAAGCGGCAAGAACCAAUCAGACAUCAAAAUUUUCCAGUAAUCGGCACCGCAAGUUACAGCCCUUCAGAGAAACGUGACUCUCCAGCAUCCGAAGCCACGGCUGCCACUUCCAAUCAGUUUUUACUAGCAAUUUUGUCACCGCCGCCAUCACCGCCACAGCCCCGCCGCCGCCAGCACUCGCUGCCGCCGCCGCCUCCGCCGUUGCCCCUUCGCCCAGCUCUGGCCGCCGCCGCCACAGCGCUGUCGCCCUCGCCGAGGCCGCCCCUGCCCGCGCGGUUCGCCGCCCCCGACGUCGCCCCGUCGCCCUCGUCCUCGCCCACGACGUAGCGCCACCGCCAUCGCCAUCGCCAUCGCCCGCCCUCCCGUCGCCGCUCUCGACCCUGCAGUAGGUACCAAGUCGUCGUCCGUCGUCUUCGUCCGCCGCUGUGGCCGACGGGCCCCGUUUCGUUUCCCCGUCGCCGCUUCCCGUAGGAGUUGCUGCUUCGCUGUGCGUUUGUGAGUGAGCGUUCGCCGACGCCGCCACCAUGGGCACCGUCAACGUCAACCGAAGCGUCAGCGAUGCCUUCUACCGCUACAAGAUGCCCCGCCUCAUGGCCAAGGUGGAGGGCAAGGGCAACGGCAUCAAGACUGUGAUCGUCAACAUGGCCGACGUGGCCAAAGCCAUCGGCCGACCUGCUACCUACCCAACCAAAUACUUUGGCUGCGAGUUGGGUGCCCAGACACAGUUUGACUUCAAGAACGACCGCUUUAUAGUGAACGGCUCUCACGAUGCUGCCAAGCUCCAGGACCUUCUCGACGGUUUCAUCCGGAAAUUCGUGCUGUGCCCCAGCUGUGAAAACCCCGAGACUGUGCUCUCAGUCAGCCAGAAGAAGCAAGCCAUUCUCCAGGCGUGCAAGGCUUGUGGUUACCAUGGCCCGUUGGAGUUCAACCACAAACUCAAUACGUUCAUCCUCAAGAAUCCACCUAACAUAAACCCUGCCACCCAGGGCUCAUCUCUCACAGAAGGCAAGAGAGGCAAGCGAGGAAAGAAGAACGGCGAGGCUAAUGGUGAGACACGCACCUCUGACAACGAUAGCGAGCAGGCCAACGAUACCUCAGAAAACAAUGAAGAAAAUGGGGAUGUGUCCACCAACGGUGAUCGCACUUCAGAGAAGGGAGAGGAUGACGAAGGCUGGUCGGUUGAUGUGAGCGAAGCUGCCGUGCGUGCACGAAUGCAAGACCUCACUGAAGGUGCUAAGGGCAUGACGAUCACUGAUGACCUUGAGAAGACCGAGAAGGAACGUCUCGAUCUAAUCUACGAGAUGGUAAAACGUAAGCGUGAUGCUGGUACCAUAGGCUCGGCGAACAAGGAACUUCUGGCCGAGGCUGAACGACUUGAAGUAAAAUCCAAGGUCCCUCUUGUCCUAGCAGAACUUCUCUUUGAUCAGAAUAUGCAUCAGCAGGUGAAGAAGCAUCGUGUUUUGUUCCUGCGCUUCACACAUGAAGAUCACAAGGCACAAAAGUACCUGAUUGGAGGCAUUGAACAAGUGAUUGCAUUGCAUAAGGAUGCGUUGCUGCCAAAAGUGCCAGGCAUUUUGAAGCUCUUCUACGAUACAGAUAUCCUAGAGGAAAAAGUCCUGUUGGAGUGGGCUGAGAAGGGCAGCCGCAAAUAUGUUUCCAAAGAGCUGUCGCAAGAUAUCCAUUCGCGUGCCGAACCCUUCAUCAAGUGGCUGCGUGAAGCAGAGGAAGAGGAGAGUGAGAGCAGUGAAGAGGAUGAUGACGAUCUUGAGAUUGAGUACGAUGACCGUGCUAAGGCAUCACCAUUGAAAGAACAGCCGAAGACACAGCCUGCCAGGAAGCCAGCUGUGGAUGAUGAGGGCGAUGACCUUGACAUCGAUGCAAUCUAAAAACCAUAGGGCAGCAGUUGGGAGUUGGGACAGAAGAUAAUUCUGUCGAUAGCUCUCGGCUCCAGCCAGCGACACUCUUUUUUGUUGCUUGUUUCAAAGAAUUGAUUGAAUUAGCAUUUCAACAUUUUGUUGUUCUCUUUUUAGCAUAUAGUUUUGGAUAUGUAUAUUUUUCACAUUUUUGUUUUCAUGCAUGCAACAAGAAAAAUUCAAUGUGGUGUUAUAUGAACACACAACACAGUACACUGAACCAAAAAAUGUUGAGGCCAUAAUAAGGUGAUGUAAUGGUGGAUAUUUGAUUAGUAAACAAAGUUUGAAGAGAAUUCCUUUGUUGUACCUGUUAAAAGCUGAGUUUGCAUAGUGCAAAUUAGGUUACCAGGUGGGGUUACAUUUUUCUCCUCUUUUCACUAACAAUUUUUUUGUUUUUUAGGUUUCUGGUGUAUAUCUUGUUUAACUUUAUUCUACUUUUUAAAACUUCUGCUAGUUGAUUCCUGAAAUUGAUAAUUGCCUAUGUAAAGAAAAUCUAGAAAAUCUGGCAAGAGGUAUUAAUCUUAUAUGUAUUCCAUGAACAUAAAUCUCUGCCAGUCCCCUGGUGACGACUAAAAACAAUAGUAGCUGUAGUACUCAGUGUUGUAAUUUGGUGUCAGGUGUAGAUCCAAAGUGAUUGCAAAGACAGAUAAGGUGGAACUCUCGCGGCGUGGGUUGCUAGGUGAUGAUUGGAAGUGUAGACACUUGUGAUUGUUUUUCAACACUGUUAUGCAUAACCCAACCCUGAGGGUAUAUGUUCAACUUUUUGGACGUCUAAAAUGAAAAAAACAAUGAUUUGCCAAAUCCAGAUAAGUAACAAGUUGGUCUCCUGUAGAAUCUGCAUGUACAUUUUUAUCAAUAAACAAUUUCUAAUAAUGUUGACUGAUGUUGAAAAGAAAGUCUAGUUUUCAGAGUAGCAUGUUAUAAUGAAUAGACUGUGCGAAAGUUCAAGAUAAAUGCUCUCCAUGUUGCAUGGAUUAUGAUAUGCUAUUGUUUGAGUGAAUUGUCCUCAUAGUGUGUCUGUUUUUGUAUUUGUCAUUAUUUAAAUGAAACUAAUUUACAAAUUUGCUUAUGAAGUGUAUACAAAAAUAAAAUUCGGUAAGCUUUGAUACAAGAAUUUUAAUUUGUUAAGCAUGAAAGCCAAGCCAUUGGUGUAUAAAUGUAAACACAAAUGUUGUUUUUUUUGUGAAUAUUGUUGAUGUGUUGCUGAAGUUUCUUAAAUAGCAAGUAAUAUUAUAUACUUGUGACAGAUAUAAUGUACCAGACAUAGCAUUAUCUGUUAAUGAGAAUGUUGGCUUUGGAGAAACAGUAUGUUGAAACAUUGUUCAAAAUUUAUUUUAUCAGUUGUAAAGAGAAUAUCCAGUUUUGUGAUAGCUGGAAGAGCACUGAAUUCAUAUUAAUAGGAAUAUUUGGUUUGUAAUUGGAGGAUUAGAAAUCAAAAAUCCUCAUUGAAAUGUAUUUAUAUUUCUGGUACUUGAAACUUUCAACAGGCAUGUGUUCCUUUGCUUACCAGAUUGCACUUUUGCAGAUUUGACCUUGUAGUUGAAGAAAUGUGCAAUUGAUAAUCUUGUGAGCUUUGAAAGCUUAAAUGUAUAAACAGGCUAAUUAUGUCCAUUAUAUUCAUGUUUAUACUCUCAAUUCAUGGUGAAUGUUUUUAAAAAUAGGCAAAAUUGGGCACAUAUGAGCAUUAUGUAAGAUAUGUUUAAACAAUAAAGUAUUCUAUUAAUUGUCAAGUGGUGAAAUUACUCUGCCUUUUUAGGCAUUGUUUGUCGCACCUAAUACCAAAGGUGAAAGAUGCUGGACUGAACUGCAAAUGAAAUUCUGAAAAUCUUCAAAUGUUUUGUUAUUGGAUCAAACCUUUUUUAAAAUGAGGCUACUAUUCCAGCAGAUUUAUUCUGGAAUUAUUCUGAUGAUGUCAGAAUUCUAUUAGUUCUGGAAUUUUCUGAUAUUUGAUUAAAGCAUUCUGAAGGAAUAGAUUGAAUAAAUUCUUUGCCAACAACUCUGGGUUUUGAAAAGGCUUAAAAUGAACCAAAUUCCAUGACAAGAAUCUCAAAUUUGAGACUGACUUGUUAAAUUACUUGUUCUGAAAGUUUCUUACUGUAAGUUCAGAAAAAAUUUAAACUUUUUUUUGUUUUGAAGAUUUUUGGAUUGCUAGUGGAAGUAACACUGGUGUAAUUCAAGAAGGGAGAUACACUGAUGAUUCUAGCAUACACCAUGAUACUCUCACGAAUUUUUACUAUCCUGUAGUAAAUUUGUAGCAUUUCUAAUGUUCACAUAUUCAGUGUGCACCUAGGUAUAAAAUGUACUUUUCUCUGCCAAUAAAUGAAGUUUAUGGGAAAGGCUUGACUCAUUCAUGCUCUUGUUCCUGUUUUUCCUUUUUUUUCUUAUAUUUUAAAUAACAUUUUCCAUUAACAUUCUAGUGGGUGCAUUUCAGAGAGCUCAAAUUUCUUGUCCAUGAAUAUGGUCUGUUUCUCACAAGUCCGUGCCACUACACCUUUUGUGUAUGAGGGUAAUGAGCACUUGGCUGGUGGAAUGCUCUUCCACAAUCUAAUGAUGAAUAUAGUGCAAUAGUAUGGAAGCAAUGACGGAAAAAGGUGUAAUGUUUGUAUUGGCCCUAAAGAGAAAAGCUUCAAUAUCGAGGUUUGAGGUUUCUUCUUAAUUCUGUUCUUUACAUUAACUCGCUGAAGUAGAGGAACGAAAACCCAUUCUUAAGGGCCAGCAUCUAUUAUAGAUAUUACAAUCCACCACCUGUUAAAGAUUGUACUUGUAAAUAAAGAUAACAGAGAAAUCCAAGAAAGGUAUCUUGGUUUAUUUUUCCUUGCAAAAAGGUGAUGAUUCAAAAAUAUGAAAAUUAUUGUCCAGCACAUAGCCAAUAUGUAAAUAUUGCAUUUGGUUGGUUAUAAACCUCAAUUUACAAACUUCAUGCUGUAUAUCAUCCUAAUGUUAGUUGUUAAUUACAUGUUAAAACAAUUCAGUAAUUCAAAAUUUUGGAGGAUUAUAAAUCUCUUUCCAGUAUGGCAAUUUUGUGAUGAGAGCAGUCUUUAUGUGCAUUACCGCUACCCAAGGAGCUCAAAGGAUUGGGAAAACUGAAACAUUCAUUGUCACUCAUAGUAGGGGAGACUAAUAUUAUUAUUUAGGUAUCUGUCUCAAUGGUAUCUUUUAAACACUAAAUUUGGCCAUGUCACUGCCAUCAGUGGUUGCAGUUUAUGUUCAUUUAUCAAGAACAGCUAGUUGACAUUAGUUUUCUGUUAUAAACUUUUUAAGAAUUCAUACGUUCUAUGCAGUCAUGUUUUUUGGCAUUGAAAAUUGCAUUUUUACUUUCUUGUAUACAUACAUAGAUACGGAGUAAUAAACGUAGUAUAGAGAAAGUUCCAUUGAAAUCUCCAAAUCCAUUUUCCGCAGCAAAUCGAGCAAAAGGGUCCCCUGAUAACAAAAACGUGUUGUUUUUUCAAAACAUCAGUAUCUGUGAACACUAGUGCUUAAACCAUAUGUAGGAUUGUUUGACCUCUGUCCAUCUGGCUCGAGUCGAAGCUUUGAGAUAUUGAAAAAAAAUUUUUGAAAUUUGGGGAAACUUUACGUCAAGACCAUGCAACUUUCAGAGUUUUCUCAGAAACUGCUCCAAAUUGUUUCUUUAAUUUUCUUGUAAGAAUAGAGUAAAAUACACUUAUAAAUGUGGCAAGGUUCUGACUUUCAUGGUUGACUCAGAAUUUUCAAAAGUUUGAAUUAUUCCAGUGUCUUCCUUCAACUACAAAAUUGAAGAUAGAGAUUUUUCCUACCAAUGAAAUUUGUUGUUCAUAAUCAGUUCUUUCAAUAAAGUCAUGUAAAUUUUUUAAAUAUUUUAGUAGUUUUCGACAAUAUUGCAAGAAACAUGUGCAAUAUUAAAAAGCAAUAAAAUCAAGAUUUUCUCAAAAUUGGCUCCAAAUCUUUUACUUUAAAUGGCAUGGAUAGUGGGAAAUGUACUUUAUUAGACACACAAAUGCCAUUUUGUUUUUUCUAAAACUACAAAAAUGUAAUUUUUUGACUAGUCUCUCAUGUUAAUAUUAU